AUGGAGAACGGUUUUCUAAAGGAAAAUCGAAAACAUAUUACGCUUGGAGUCUUUCUGUUAGUGGUCGGCUUCUUUAUUCUCUUCAUUGCCACUAUUUACUCGGGAAUUCACAAAAUUGACGAAGGAUCCGUUGGGAUUUAUUACAGGGGUGGAGCUUUGUUGGAUGAAAUCUCUGAUCCGGUUCAGAUCACAAUUCAAACAGAUACAGUGGAAAAUGUUCCUUGUGGAACCCAAGGUGGUGUCAUGAUCUAUUUCGACCGAAUCGAAGUUGUAAACAUUUUGAAAAAGAAAGCUGUUCACGAUAUGGUACAAAAUUACACAGUUGACUAUGAUAAGCCAUUGAUUUAUCAAAAGGUUCAUCACGAAAUCAAUCAAUUCUGCAGUAAACACACCAUUCAACAAGUCUAUAUUGAUCUAUUUGAUCAAAUCGAUGAAAAUUUGAAGAGUGCACUUCAAGAAGAGUUGCACAUUCUCGCUCCAGGUCUUUACGUUCAAUCAGUCCGUGUCACAAAGCCGAGAAUUCCCGAUGCUAUUAAAGCAAAUUAUGAGCAAAUUGAGACAGAAAAGACAAAACUCCUUGUUGCAGUCGAGCAUCAAAAAGUAGUAGAAAAAGAGGCAGAAACAGAUCGAAAGAAGUCAAUUAUUGAAGCUGAAAAAGUAGCACAAGUUGCUGAUGUGAAAUUCAAGCAGAAUAUCGCCGAAAAAGAAAUGGAAAAAACGGUGAACCAACUCCAAGAUCAGAUUCAUUUGGCCAAAGAAAAAGCAAACGCCGAUGCCGAGUUCUACCGAGUCGCUAAGGAAUCCGAAGCGAACGCGAAAUUGUUAACGAAAGAAUACAUCGAACUGCAACGCAUCAAAGCGAUCCGAGAAAACAACAAGAUUUACUAUGGAGACAGCAUUCCGAAGGCUUUUUUGCAAGAUAACAAUCGCUCUGAUCGCUCCUUGUCGACCGUCCUCUUGCCCACCGAUUCACCACAAAUCGAAAGCAAU